UAACUUUAAUUGAACAUAUUUAUGAAAAAAGGGUUUACAUCUAAUACAAAUUCACGUUCCUAAAUUAGUGGCUUUCAACAACUGCAUCUUCUUCGCUUGGCUUCCAACUGCACUUUCCUAAGUUCCUCUUCUUCCAAGUAUUUUUGUUUUUCUUUUCUUAUUACCAACAACAACGUUUGCAAGAAAAGCUUCGAAUCUCGGUGUUCUUCUUCGUUGGACUCAAAGUGGAAGUUUUCUGGGUUAUUCUCUUUAUGUGUUCAUGACAGUUAAGGAUGACCAACAUAGAAGAUAAUUCAACCAUAAUUAGCUCUCAUGAUAUACUUGAAACUGAUUGUAAUAUCGAUUAUGCUGAUACUGAAAUACCAGUAAAUCCCCCUUUAGAGCCUUACGAGGGUAUGGAGUUUAUGUCAAUUGAAGAUGCAAAGAGCUAUUACACAAAGUAUGCAAAAAGCAAAGGAUUUAGCUUUCGUAUGGGCCGUGUUACUAAAUCAAGAACAAACGGUGUGAUAAUAGGCCAUGAAAUCCUUUGUUCAAAAGAAGGGUUUAGAGCAAAAAAAUAUGUGAAAAGAGAUAGUAUUGGUGGUGCACCACAUGAUGAAACAAGAAUAGGAUGCAAGGCAAUGCUAUAUGUAAAGAAAAAUGACGAGAAAUGGAUUGUUUAUAAAUUUGUAAGAGACCAUAAUCAUGAACUUUUUUCUCCAAAAAGUUCAAGAUUUCUUCGAGUGCAUAGAAGGAAAACCAAAGUACAAAAAAAACUUAUUGAUGUGCUUGAUGAUUCGGGAUUACGUCCUUGCAAAAUAGCUUCUGUCUUAUACACUGAAAGUGGCGGUAUUGAUAAUGUUGGAUUUAGCAAACAAGAUGUUGUUAAUUAUUUAAGUGCAAAGAGACAGAAACAAUUAGAAAAAGGAGAUGCUCAAUUGAUGUUAUCUUAUUUUAAAGAUUGCCAAUUGAAGAAUCCUGGAUUUUUUUAUGCAUUUCAAAUGGAUGUAGAAGGAAAAUUAGCAAAUUGUUUUUGGGUUGAUUCAAGGUCUAGAAUGGCUUACAAGUAUUUUGGUGAUGUGGUAACCUUUGAUCCAACAUACUUAACAAAUAGAUAUAAAAUGCCUUUUGUUCCAUUCACUGGAGUUAAUCAUCAUCAACAAUCAAUUCUUUUUGGUUGUGCUCUACUGUGGGACGAAACUGAAGAUAGUUUCUUUUGGUUGUUAAGUACUUGGUUAGAAGCAAUGGAUGGAGUUUGUCCUAAAACUAUUAUCACUGAUCAAGACAUGGCUAUUACAAAUGAAGUUGCAAGGGUGUUUCCAGGGGUUAAUCAUCAUUAUUGUAUGUGGCACAUUCAAAAGAAAGUCCCAGAGUAUUUGAACUAUAUUUAUCACGAGCAUGGUGAAUUCAAAAAUCAAUUUCAUAAGUGUAUUCAUCAAUCUAUCACUGUAGAAGAAUUUGAUUCUGAUUGGGAAGCAAUGAUAGAUAAGUAUGAGUUGCAAGAUAAUAAAUGGUUAGAAAAGAUAUACUUUAUACGAGAAAAAUGGAUUCCGGCUUUUGUACGUCAAGAUUUUUGUGCUGGAAUGUCUACCACCCAAAGGAGUGAAAGUAUCAAUAGUUUUUUUAAAGAUUUUUUGAAUUCAAGUACUCCAUUGAGCAAAUUUGUGACACAAUAUGAAAAGGCUCUUGAUGCACGAUAUAAUAGUGAAAGACAGAAGACUUUCAAAACAUUGAAUUCAAAACCCCUGUUGCGUACUUUAUAUCCCAUGGAAGAAGAAGUCUCAAAGAUUUAUACAAGAAAAAUGUUUAGGAUAUUUCAAGAUGAGUUGGUUAGCUCUCAGAUGUUUAUAGCGGAAAAAAUUGAUUUUUCUACAGAAGUGUCGACAUAUAAGGUUCAUGAAAUUUGCAAAGAGAAGCCUAAUUAUCAUGUGACUUUUAAUAUUAUUUCAAAAGAAGUAAAUUGUAGUUGUCACAUGUUUGAGUUUAUGGGAAUUCUCUGUAGACAUGGGUUAAAUGUACUCAUAAAGAAAAGUGUGCAUUCUCUCCCUUCUCAAUAUGUUAUGCGUCGUUGGACUAUAAAUGCUAAGAAAGAAAAAAGUAAGGGAUUGGCAAUUCAAGAACUGCAUGAAGGGAAAAACAAAGAUUCCAGUACUUCUUUGUUUAAUAGUGUUAUGGUUCACUCUCUUGAACUAUCUGAAAGAGCUUCACGAUCACCAAAACAUCAUGAUAUUGCAAUUCAAGCUUUGCAAAACGUAAUUGUGGAACUUGAUCAAUUGGAUCUUGAAGAAUCAAAAGAAGAACUUAAUAACUCGACCAUUGAAGUUACCUCAAAAUUAUCCAACAAUAAUAUGACAUUGCGUGAUCCUCCAGUUAGAGCAACUAAAGGGCGGCCACGGACAUUGCGAAUGAAAGGAAGUUUAGAAUUGGUCAAAUCAGUUUUGUCUACUUGUAGUUAUUGUAAGAAAAAAGGCCACAACAAACGUAAAUGUCCAAGUUUAAUUCAAUCAAGGUGUAAUAUUAUCAAUGGUCAACUUUCAAACACUGGUGCUGCUAAUGGUGAGGUUUCUGGUUUGAUUCACUCACAGAAAACUGUGGAAGACAGUAACUACAACCAGUGAAUUUGCAGAUUUAUAAUGCAGUGGAUAAAUACUCAAAAUCAGUUUUACUUCUAUAGCACUUCUGUCAUUCCUCUAAUUCAACUAUAUUAAAGAGCAUCAAGAGUUUGAGGAAUGACCAA